AUGGCUUACGUUCCACCACACCUAAGGAACAAGCAAUCGCUUUCAUCACAAGUCGAUUCAGCGCCGAGGUCGCUUGAGUCCCUCCAAACGACUGCGAAGUCAAGAUCAAGCUUAGAUCGGACGUAUACCAGCGACGAUCUUGCCUCGCUCCUCGAAAUUACAAGGAAUGGUCUCAGCACACUUACUGUGGCCACAUCUGCAGCUGCAGAACAGUCAGAACACACGGAGAGGGGCUUAGAUGACGGUAUUCUAAAAGCCAUUGUUUUGUUCGAGGGUCAACAUCCAGAGUGGCAGAACAACCACAAAGUCCUGUGCAAGUCAAAUCUGCAGGUUUUGCAUACACUUAUUGAGGAUCAAAAGCGCUCCAGUGAUGACGAUGCUGUAGCAGAAUCUCACGCCCUUAACGCUGAUUAUCCGAUAUUUCGAGAAAUCCCAUUUAUGAAGAACAAAUUUGAAUUCGUCGGCUGGUGGAAGAUCGACAACGUCGACUUCCUCGCACCAGGAAGUGCAGAGCUUGUAUCUCUUUUCGAGAAGAAAUUCGGAAAACAGAAUGAACAUAAAAAUAGUUCACCAUUUUCUAUCCAGCGCCAUAAACCAAAGGCGCGUACCGAGCAAGCUUGGCGAGACGGUCUCAGUAGGGAAUGGGCAGUCGUUAAACUCGUGCAGAAUCACACGAGAAAGGAUUCGCCCGAAUUGUCUUUAAUGCCGACCCCGUCCAAUGGACUCGAGCUUUCUAGGGAGGCCGAAGACGUCGCGGACGUGUCAAACACGGCCAUCCAAGGCACCUCCACCUGAGACGAGAAAAUGUGGAGAGUCACUUCGAUCAUAACGUAUACUGCCUACUUGAUGAUCUUCACAUACGAUGAAUAUAUAGAUAGGUCUUGUUUCUUGAAUGUACUAAUAUGCUUUCGGUUAUGUCCGUUGUCCUUGUCUGUAUCGGACUCAAUCAAGCAACAACCCUGUGAAAUGAUAUUUCUGGACUGGCGAUUUGUAUAACUCGUAAACGUAGCAUAAGUAUGUUUUUC